AUGGUUCUAGUGAAGCAAAUUCAUAGAAUGGCAUCGUUUGCGGCGCAAGCUGCUCUCCGGUCGAGAUGGAGUUCUCUGAUUGAGUCGACCAGUGUUGAUGUACCUGGCGAGGUCACAGAUGGCGUCCGCUCUGUCGUUGGAUGGCUCAAACAGGCGUCGCUUGAGGUCCGACAAGUGGGUAGACGAGCUGUCAACCAGCUAUCCGGCCGAGGCAUGGCGGACGACGUGGUCAUUAUACACUUUAACGAUGUCUACAAUAUUGAACAGGUGACAAACACAGAACCAGUGGGAGGUGCCCUACGAUUUUGUACCGCCGUGAAAUCGUUACAACACCUCAACCCUUUAGUAUUAUUUAGUGGAGAUGCCUUUUCACCUAGCAUGUUAAGCACUUUCACAAAAGGCGAACAAAUGGUACCUGUGUUGAAUGAAAUAGGGACUCAUUGUGCUGUUUUUGGUAACCAUGAUUUCGAUUUCGGCCUUGAAGUCUUGUCGAAGUUAGUCGCGCAGUGUAACUUCCCCUGGCUAAUGUCAAAUGUAAUCGACAACGAGACGGGAAGGCCGCUGGGGGACGGAAAGAUCACUCACGCGCUCAUUUGUAAUGGCCACAAGAUAGGUCUUAUUGGAUUAGUUGAACAGGAAUGGUUAGAAACAUUAGCAACGAUCAAUCCAGAGGAAGUUACAUUCAUAGAUUUCUUACAAGCUGGCGCUAAAUUAGCAUCGCAGUUAAAGGAAGAGGGUUGCGAGUACGUAAUAGCGCUAACGCAUAUGCGUUCACCGAACGACAUAAAACUUGCGGAGGGUGAUAAUAAAAUAGACCUAAUUUUGGGUGGACACGACCAUGUCUACGAGGUUUUGGAGAUAAACAACAAGUACAUUGUGAAGAGUGGCACGGACUUCCGGCAAUUCAGCAAGAUAAAUAUAAAUUUCUCGGGCGAGGCCCCUCGGGUGGACAUAUCUGAGGUCGGUGUGACCAGCUCGUUCGCUGAAGAUCCCGUCUUGAAGUCGAAGACGGAUAAAUAUUCAGCUAUGAUCGAUGGUAAAAUGGAUGAAGUCCUCGGCAAGUUCUAUGUACCGUUAGAGGGUAGGUUUUCUUGCAUACGUCGUCAAGAAUGCAACCUGGGUAACUGGGUCUGCGAUGUUUUGUUAGCAGCUACUGGGGCCGACCUCCUCAUCCUGAAUUCUGGGACAUUUCGAUCAGAUCAGGUCCACCCAGCAGGUGACUUUACACUCCGAGAUUUAUCCACCAUCAUCCCAAUGCGAGACCCACUAGUGGUCGUUGAGGCUACUGGCUCCACCAUCCUCCAGGUACUGGAGAAUUCAGUGAGCAAGUAUCCUAGCUUGGAAGGACGGUUUCCGCAGGUGGCGGGUGUGUCGUUCGCUUUCGAUCCCUCUAAGCCGCCAGGUCAGCGGAUCGCAGAAGACGUGGUGAAAAUUGGAGACGAAUAUUUGCUGAAGGACUUGAAGUAUCGCUUGGCAAUCAAACAGUAUUUACAUUCGGGGAACGACGGAUUCACUAUGUUACCUAAAUGUCCUAUAUUGGUUUCAGACGACAUGUGCCCGGAAAUAGGUAUGGCUAUACAGAACCACUUUUCCGCCAUCAAUGUCAGAACGGGGAAGUCCCGCCCAUCCAAACAUCGGCAGUCGCUCGUCACGCUUAGCCGGAGGCACAGCUUAGUGAAAAUGCUGGACGGUAACGAGCUGGAUGGUCCGCCGCCACUCCGUAGGGCUUCUUCAGCGGCAGAAUCACCACACACACACCAUAGGUUAACCCGUCGUGCGUCGCUGGACGAUUUGGAGCAAAAUGCGUGCGAGCUAGCGCCUAAAGUCGAAAAUAGGAUAAUAUUACUCGAUAAGCCAGAGAAACUACAAGAGCUGUUAGCAGAAAAAGCCAGGUGGGAGUCAGAUUCUGUCAUCAAAGAAGUCGAUGAUGAAAAUUCGCCUUAA